AUGGUUCGUUCGCUAAACUGCGUCAUCACUCUGUCCCAGAACAUGGGCAUCGGCAAGAAUGGGGACCUGCCCUGGCCCCCGCUCAGGAAUGAAUACAGGUAUUUCCAAAGAAUGACCACAACCUCUUCAGUAGAAGGUAAACAGAAUUUGGUGAUUAUGGGUAGGAAGACCUGCUUCUCCUUUCCAGAGAAGAAUCGACCUUUAAAGAACAGAAUUAAUAUAGUUCUCAGUAGAGAACUCAAGGAACCUCCACAGGGAGUGCAUUUUCUUGCCAAAAGUCUGGAUGAUGCCUUAAAAUUUACUGAGCAACCAGAAUUAACAAAUAAAGUGGACAUGGUUUGGAUAGUGGGAGGCAGUUCUGUUUACAAGGAAGCCAGGAACAAGCCAGGCCAUCUUAGUCUAUUUGUGACAAGGAUCAUGCAGGAAUUUGAAGGUGACACAAUUUUUCCAGAAAUUGAUUUGGAAAAAUGUAAACUCCUCCCAGAAUAUCCAAGGGUUCCUUCUGAUGUCCAGGAGGAGAAAGGCAUUAAGUACAAAUUUGAAGUAUAUGAAAAGAACAAUUAA